AUGUUUGGAAUUUGGAUUGCUACAUUCUUACUUUUUGGCACCUCGACAGGAAGAGAAGUUUGCUAUGAGAGGGUGGGGUGCUUUAAAGAUGGCCUACCAUGGACCGGGACUCUGUCGAGGCAGUUUGCGGGCCUGCCCUGGUCUCCCGAGGAGAUCAACACCCGCUUCCUGCUCUACACGAGACACAACCCCAGCACCUCCCAGGAGAUCAGUGCAGUUAAUUAUCUGACUAUCCGAGACUCACACUUCAGCACAGACAAGACGACUCACAUCAACAUACCUGGCUGGAAGUCAGACGGAAAAUGGCAGCAAGACAUGUGCAACGUGCUGCUGGAAGUGGAAGAUGCGAACUGCAUUAACGUAGACUGGAUUAACGGCUCCCUGGAAUACCUCCACGCUGUAAACAAUCUCCGCGUCGCAGGAGCCGAGGUGGCCUAUUUUAUUGAUGUUCUCGUGAAACAGUUUGGAUAUUCCCCUUCUAAAGUGCACUUGAUCGGCCACAGCUUGGGAGCUCAUCUGGCAGGGGAAGCUGGGUCAAGGACGCCGGGCCUUGGAAGAAUAACCGGGCUGGACCCGGCCGGGCCGUACUUCCACAACACUCCCAACGAGGUCAGACUGGACCCCUCGGACGCCAGCCUCGUCGAUGUGAUUCACACCAACGCGGUUCGCUUCUUCUUUGAGUUUGGCGCCGGCACUAUUAACGCUUGUGGACACCUUGACUUUUACCCAAACGGAGGGAAAUACAUGCCAGGAUGUGACGACUUAAUUACACCUUUAUUUACAUUUAAUCUCGAUGCUUACAAGACAGAAAUGGCUUCCUUCUUUGACUGCAACCAUGCCCGAAGUCACCGCUUUUACAUGGAAAGCAUCCUCAACCCUGAUGCAUUUAUUGCUUAUCCUUGUAGAUCCUACGAGUCUUUUAAAGCCGGAAAUUGCUUCCAUUGUCCCAAAGGAGGUUGCCCGACGAUGGGCCAUUUUGCUGAUAGAUUUCACCUCAAAAAUAGGAAGCCUAAUAGAUCCUAUUAUUUUUUAAACACUGGGCCUCUUUCCCCAUUUGCCCGUUGGAGGCACAAACUGUCCGUCAGACUCAGCGGAAACAACGCCACGCAAGGGAGCGUAUUUCUCCGUGUGAGAGGGACGGCUGGGAAGACGGAGGAGUUCGGGGUGGCCAGUGGAACACUUCAGCCAGGCGCAACUUACACGAAAUUAAUUGACGCAGAUGUUAACGUCGGCAACGUUAGAAGCAUUGAGUUCCUUUGGAAGGAACAUUCAUUUGGACGUUCUCAGAAUAAGUUGGGAGCCGAAAGGGUGGUAGAUAAAUCUGGAAAAUAUGGAUAUGAAUCUGCCUUCUGCGGCCAGGACAUCCAGGGACCUAUGGUUGCUCAGAUCCUGAAACCAUGCUGAUCCCAGAUACAGUCUUGAUGGAGUUCUUUAAUGGAAACAUGAAAAAUAACCGCCUUUUAGUUGAUCAUUGGACUCAACUCGGCCUUUGUAAAUGAGAUAGAAUGGUACGGUUGUUUUUUUCUGCAUAGAAUAUUUUUCUCAGUGAUAAACUUUUAUAUGCGCCUUAAAUAUAGCCUGGACCCUAGGACAGAG